UUUUUUUGGACGUCAAAUAUCGGUUCGGUUAUAUUUCAACAGUGUGCAUGUGUUGUUUAUCCCUAAUUUGGUUUUAGUUGGCCACGACUUACACCAAGUUGAUAUUUCUCACUGCUGUCCCCAUAAAUGGGCUGAGAAUGGUUUCUCCCUUGGAUACCCCACAGGCAUGAGCAGCAACUGUACCGACGAAACUGAACACCGUCGGUGAGUGGUGACAGCAUUCAUUACGGGACGAAGCUACACCUAUCCCCUCUCUGUAAGCGUCAGUGCUCAUGAAUUCUCACAGCACCUGGGAACCAUAGCGCCUGUUUCGUGUCAGGUGCAGAGAAAAGCCGCCAUUCGGACCGGACCAUGUGGGGACUUGUAGGUGACCGACAGGUGUCAACUUGAACAGGCCAGAAGAAAAGGUUGUGCGAACGAGAGACUGACGUGUCGGAUGACGAAGACGACUCCUUGGGAAGCGACGAUGAGCCGGAACUGGGAGGGGAGAAAACCAUGCAGCAGCCACUCGACAUCCAACAGAUACGACAUCAGCAGCGCCGCGUAUCGGCUCUACUGGCAACUGCACGUCACGAUCAUGCACCACCAUUGGUAAGAAAGCGAGGCUGUAAACGGCGUGCUGUGAAAAAAAUAUAUGAUGGGGAAACAAGAAAGACGAAGGCACCCACCGGGCUUUCAUUGGUUAUCGAGGACCAGUACCCGGAUGUUGGAGAUAUAGCGGAAACAUCAGUACGAAACAGAUAUACACAGAAGAAUUACAAGAAGUAUCUCGACAAGUUGAAUAUCGCGCAGCUACGCCACUCUUACGAUGAGAGUGUGGUCCAGUCUAUCCGGCAGGGUAAAAUGGAGGUGGCGACUUUACAGAACCAGUUGGUGUCACGCUCGCUCGGCUCUAUGGACAAGGAGGUCCAGCUCGUAGCUAAUAGAAGAGCCUCGAUAGUGAAAAGUCAACUAAGUCUUAGCAGUAGCAGCAUGUCUACGGGUCGCGCCCCCACGAUCAGUGAGAGAACUAUCUACAUCCCCAGUGGACAGGAUGAAGAGGACCCGGAGUACGACACCCCUCUGGUGCGAUAUCAACACGGUGACAUAGGCGCAGGCAAAGAUCUGAAUGUAAAGUUGACAGAUGAAGAGUUCGAAGAGUGGAAGAGGAAACACGGAGGGUUGGACUCGUUUGACAAUACUCCCGUGGCUACCCCCGGGGAGAGGAGAGUGUGGGGACAGGGUGUACAGAGAGAUUCUGACAGCCGGAGGGGGAGGGGACUGGGUAGCAGAGGGGCCGGUUCUCGUGGUAGAGCAAGAGGGCUUGGUGGCAUAGAUGAGGCUGCGGACUUGGCCGAGAGAGAACGAGAGAGGGAGAGAGCAGAACUUGACGAAAUGCAGAAGAACAUGCUUCUAUAUAAUCGGCACGGGAUGACCGACUCGGCCAUGGCUCAGUACAAGCUGAAGGAGUUAGAGAGACAACGUCAGGCAGCUAGGAGGAAACGUGGAAACAGUCAGGUACCACCGGAGUCAGGUUUCACGGGUAGCAAUGCAGGGGAAGACGAAGACGAAUGGGAGAAAGAAGAAAGAAGACGGAGAGAAGAAGAGAAAGAGUAUGCGAAGUACGCCACCAGGCAUUCAAAGAUGGAAAUGCAUCGUCAGGCCUACAUCAAAGCUCUGUCAAACGCGCGCAUGAGGAAACUGCCCAGAGAGCCAUGGGAGCUGGCCACGAAGACCACGCGAGCUUACACGUUUUCCUACAUCAAUCACAGACCUGCAUGUCGAUGUGAAAAAUGUCUUCAACGCAAACCACGAGAGAAGAAGGAGAAAGGCAUUCCAGGGAUGAAACUCAUCUUUGGCGAAAUCAAUAUGUAUGAUUUUUAUCCGCGAAAGAAAAGGAAGAACGCGCCGAAGUCACCUCCUCCCUGGGUCCGCGAGAGGGCGUUGCAGCACAGUCUCUCCUUGAUGGGCAUACGCCGAGAGCUUGACAGAAAGAAACAAGAGGACGAAGUUGAUAAUGAACUGCAACGCCUUGGGAUGGGCAUUAGGAACGAUCAGGUGAUCCCUCCGAUUAACAAGGGGUCAAAGGUGCAAGAAGUCAAGGACAAUGCAAAUCAUGGCGGACUCGUGACCAAAUCUUUCAUGGCCUCGCAACUUCCAGGAAAUAAAGUCCAGAAAACAGACACUACCUCUCAAGCUAGCCAAUCCAAACUGCUCGCUUAUAAUACUCCUGUUAGUCGAACGAACAGUAUUUCGAGUUCUUUGAACGUAAAGAGGCAGCCGUUACCGGAACUCACAAAGGGGCGGUACGUUUCUCUUUCAACAGAAAUUGAGCCAUAAGGGAAAAUAUAAAACUUUUCGUCCUAAUACCACCAAUGUUUUUCAGGUUUCUUAGCUGUGCUAUGCAGCACGGAUAGUUGUGUACAUGACAUAUCUACUUUCCACACCCACCAGAUUAACUGACUUAUACCUACUACAGCUUUUGGAGAGGAAUGACAGCCACACCCCGCGAUAGGUUGUCAUACAUUGAUGUGCAAUAAAGUACAUAUGAGAUGGAGUUUGUAGGUCACUUUAUAAAAGUGCAUUCAAUACGGAGAUGUUGAGAUCUCAUCUAGUUGCAUUGUGUGGUGUGCCAAACUCAGGGAAAUAUUCUGUAUGCCUGGAGUCCAUUCCCAAGAAAAAAAUAAAAGAGAAUACUUAA